AAGCAGGGGCGGUCUGACCAUUUGGAAACUCGGGCACUGCCCCAUGGCCCAGGGUCAGUUGAGGGCCCCAUGAGAUGCCCCUGGUACCUUUUUCAUAGGCUUUUUUGAGUUUGGGCAAGGACACAGGGGCCCCAUGAUCCCCUAUUGCCCGGGGGCCCCAUGAGUUGUCAGUUCGCCCCUGAUCACAAGAUAGGAUGAACAUGAGGAUUUUGAAGGAUUUUAAGUACUGGUAAGUCAUAACCAUUUCAAUAAAAAAAAAAAUCUGCGCU